GAUUUAGCGCUCCUAAUCCGACCCUGUCCCAGGUUUGUGUUUAAUUAUACUCGAGACGCCAGGCAAUUUAACGUCGCUGCGACAGUCGUGAUCCUUAAAACCCUCCAGAUCGACGUGUGAGGCGAGAUGAACGCGCAGGCCUCCCGAGCCCUCCGGACCUGCGAUCGCUUCUGGCUACCCGGACCCGCGCUCUUGCCCCCGGGCUGACGCGCAGCCCCGCCGCCCAGCCAGAUGGCCCCGGGCCAAGUGCCCCAUCACACCAGUCCCUGGUGGGAUGCCCAGGCCUUGUACUUGCUGUCCCCUCUGAUGGGAAUCUUGAGCCGGGCCUGGAGCCUCCUGAGGGUCCCAGGACCCCUACAGCCCUGGCUGGCAGAAGCCAGAAGAGCAGAUGAGCUAGAAGCUGGAGUGGAGGGAGAUGUCGAGGCUCCUCCUGAAGGAUCUCGUUUCCUCUGGCCCCAAAAUCCAGAAGAGGAGCCUGAAGACAUCGGAGCCACAGAGGAGAAUGGAGAGGCAGCACCAGGGCCCGGGGGACUUGACCUGAAAGUCAGCAGUUCUGCUCCCAAAGCCUGGGGACUUUCCUGUGGCGAUACGGUAGAGUAUGGGAAGGAAAAAGCAAACAGGCUGCAACCAGGAGAAUUCACCCAUGGCCAGCCUGCACCACUGUCCCCCACCCUGCUGCUGAGUGCCCUGCAAGGUCCUGAUAAGAGCUCUGGAGAGAAGCAGACUAAAGGAAGGGAAGCUGCUGAAGAGCAGGGAGAGACCAAGCUAGCUUAUCUUUCAUCACACUGCCAGGGUGGUCCUGUCAGGGAGGAGCAGGGGGAAGAUGGGGAGGCUGCCAGCAAAGAAGCUGCCACCGCCUCUGUUUCCCCUCUGGCCCCAGAACUCAAGCCCAGCACUUGGCUGUGUUGCCCAGGAGAGGAAGAGGAGCAAGCCACGGAGAACAAAGGAACAGAAAAUACAGAAACCAAGAGGUCCAUUUCCCCGUCAUGGUCAGGGCCCAGCCCUGGGGCCUGGCACAGUUGCUCAGGAGAGGCGGCUGGGAAGGACUCGAAGGUCAGAGAGGUAGCCCAGAAAGGAGCCGCUGACCCAGAGCCACGAUCCUUGGGUCCCCAACAAGGGCCACUGCAUGGAUCCUGUGAAGAUCACCCCAGUGAGAACGCAGAGGACAAAGACAAGGAGCAAGAUGAGGACCCUGAUUCCAGAUGGGCUGAGGAAGAGAGAGAAGCUGGGGAUUCUUCUACCAUCACCACAAAUGCCUUCCUGAGGGCCUGGGUGUAUCAGCCUGGAGAGGACACAGAGGAUGAAAAUGAGGAAGAAGAGGAGGAGAAGGAGGAGGAAGAGGAAGUGGAGGAGGAGGAGGAAGAAGAUGAGGACAGUGAUUUGGGAUCAGGUCAGGGAGGAGCUGAUGCUUCCUCAUCCACCCUCGGCACCAGCACCUUCCUAAGGGCCUGGGUGUAUCGGCCUGGAGAGGACACGGAGGAUGAAGAUGAGGAAGAUGAGGAGGAGAAGGGGAAAGAUGAGGAAGAUGAGGGCAGUGAUUCGGGAUCAGCUCAGGGAGAAGCUGAUGCUUCCUCAUCCACCCUUGGCACCAGCACCUUCCUGAGGGCCUGGGUAUAUCGUCCUGGAGAGGUCACAGAGGACGAAGAUGAGUGGGAGGAGAACCAGGACACAGGAGGUGAUUUAGGAGCAGUUGGGGACAGAGAUACUGACCUGGGCCCAGGUGCCUUCCCUCAACUUCAAGGUGCCCAGCUGAGUGCCUGGACAGCGCCACCUGGAGAGAGGACAAGGGAAAAGCAUGCUGCUGAAGCUUGGAUUGAGACUGAACCCCGGCCCCUGGCUGUGGCCAUGUAUGUCCCUGGACAGACGCCCCCAGCUCCCUGGCCUGCUCCUAAGCUGCCCCUCCGACUGCAGAAGAAGUUGAGGUUGUCAAAGACCCUCCCCGAGGAUCAGGAUCCUAAGCUUUCCGCGAAGGAUAGAAAGGUGCGUUUCUCUGAGAAGAUCACAGUGCAUCUCCUGGCUGUGUGGGCUGGACCUGCGCAGGCCGCCCGCCGAGGCCCCUGGGAGCAGCUCGCUCGGGAUCGCAGCCGCUUCGCCCGCCGCAUUGCCCGGGCCCAAGAAGAGCUGGGACCUUGCCUCACCCCUGCCUGGCGAGCCAGAGCGUGGGCUCGCCUUGGGAACCCACCUGGCCCUACGGUCCUCACCCCGCCCCCUCCCCUGUCCCUGUAGAGACCCCGCCCUUGAGCCAAGCCGUGGCCGCGCCCUGUUCCCCCGCUCCAUCUCAAGGCCCUGCUUUAGUGUUGAUGUUGAUCAAGAAUAAAGCUUUGGGGGCUGGGGGUUUAGCUCAGCGGCAUAAGCACGUGCCUUGUAAGCACGUAGUCGUGAGUUCGAUCCCCGGUAUCGAUAAGAAGGAAAAAGACAAAAAAAAAUAAAUCUUUCUGGUUUGUAGUGA